AUCACCUGACCGAUCAGCUGACCAGGAAUUACAUCGGAGUUGAUCAGUCGUCGUGCAGUGUUUGAUUUGGAACGCCCAACGAGAAUUCAAGAAAAAUUUAAGACUGAAAAUCAGGCUCAACAUGGCAUGUGCACCAGACAGUUACAAGGAUAAUGUGAUAGAAACACUUCAGUUCCCUGAUGUAGACAAGAGAAUUCCACCCUUCUUUAAUGCUGGAGACUGGUCAAUUUCUCCCACAGCCUUUUCUUUUGAAGGAUCCAUAACAUGUUUAUUAUGUCAAAAGGAAUAUGAACUAUCAUCCAGUCUGGAUAUAUUCCAUCUUCAUCUUUUAGAAGUUCAUCAAUUCCUUAUCCAUGAUUCCCAUCUCAUCUGUGAUCUCAAAAGGUAUAUUGAAUACUGGAGGGAGCGGUUCUCAAGAGAAGAUUACAGGCAUAUUUGUACUGUUCAUCAAGAAUCAGAAAGUGAUGUUCAAUACAGACUUGAUUCAUCAGUGGAUGAAGAUUGUCAGAUUCGUGAAUACUUGCAGCGCAAGCGUCUAGAUGCGGUUUUGGCAGUCCAACAGGCAGAACGUGAUGAUACUUCCCUCUCCAGAUCUUGUCUCUUUUGCCGGGAAUCCUUCACCGGAAACAGAGCUGACCUAUUUAAUCACAUGGCUUUCAGUCACAGCUUUAAUGUAGGCCAGCCAGAUAAUCUAGUGUUUGCCAAUGAUUUCCUUGAUCUCCUGGAAAGAACACUCCAAAACCUCCAAUGUCUUUAUUGUGAGAAGAUCUUCAGAGACAAAAUGGCACUCAAGGAUCACAUGCGUAAGAAGCAGCAUCGGCGUCUCAACCCUAACAACAAGGUAUAUGAUAGAUUCUAUAUCAUCAACUACCUUGAGGCAGGAAAAGAUUGGCAGACAGUUCAAGCUGAGAAAGAUGUGUUAAUCAGUUCAACAGACUCUGGAGAUGAAGAGAGCUGGGAUGAUUGGGAAGAUGACUUGCAUACUAACCUUGUAUGUCUCUUCUGUAAGCAUAAUGCAUCUAUGGUGGAAGAUCUCUGUACACACAUGGUACAGUCACAUCACUUUGAUCUUCAGAAGUUCAAGGAAGACAAUGCUUUGAAUUUUUAUGAUCAAAUCAAACUGGUCAAUUUCAUCCGUCGCUCUGUUCAUCAGUCUAUAUGUGUUUGCUGCCAUCAGAGGUUUAAAGAUGGAGAAUGUCUUGCUGACCACCUAUCAACUCAUUCUGAUCACAUGACUCAAAGUCUAGAUCGCAAGAAGUGGGACCAAUCUCAGUUCCUCUUCCCAACAUUUGAGAACGAUGCUCUUCUAUGUUCACUAGAAGAUCUAAAAGACGACGAGGACACAUCCAUAUCCCACCAAGACUCCACGUUAGGGGUACCCAUCCUUGCUGAAGAUCAACAAAACCUCCAAGACAGCUUUCUCAUUCAAGAAAAAGACAUCCUACGGACACUUAUAGGCAGUAGAUGAUUUUUGUAACUUGUUAAUGACAGAAUCUGUCAAGAACUAAUGAGACAACACAUCAUAUGUUAUCACAAUAACAUCUUUUGAUGAUGGAACAUGUAAAAGUCAUCCUGAAGACUCCGGGACUUGAGAUACAUUUACGUUAAAUUACAGCAAUUUAUCAAUGGCAUUGGCGUCAGCACAGAGGAUACUCGUUUUGGAUGCCAAUGAUCAUUGGUGACCAUGGAUUUUAGACAAUGAGCCUUUACUCCAAACAUGGAAUAUUUUGUGGUAUGGAAAUUUUUUAACUGCAAUUCUUGUUCAACUCUUUAUAUGACCUGACCCUCCUAUAUCGAUACCUAUAACAGGAGCAGAGCCGUGGUAUUUUGAUAGGAGGCAUAAGAACUUUACACUGAUAGUCCUGUGGUAUCUUUUGAAUACUUUUCUUUCUUUCUUCCCUUCUCUCCCUUUUUUCUUCAUUACUUGAAUAGUGGCACCUUUGAUUUCUGAUAUAACAACUAACAACCAAUAGAUUUUUGUUUUAUAAAGAUGUUCAAGAUAACAGGCCUAUCAGUGAAUGCACAUUAUAUCAGCCCUCAAUAAAUUGCUCAGGGUUGCAGAGAUACACUCAAAUAUUAAAAUUUCAUGUCACCAGACAUGUUAAGAUGUCACUCCUCUCGACCAGGAAUGCCCACCAUAAGUGGUUGCAGGAAGCAUUUUAAGGACGUCCAUUUUGUUCUUGUCGUGACCGUUAUAAGGAUCUAGUUCUAACUUAAAAAUGACGAUAAUCUGAUAAGGUUUAGGGCUAUCAAGAUAUGGAUAUCAUUCCAUUUGCAAUGAGAGUCUGCAACAGAGAUGUUUAAUAUUACUUGAGCAUAUCUCCCCUUUUUAUAGAGGUACCCCCAAAAUAUCUAUUUUGCUCAUUCUUAUGAUAGUAUGAAGAAACUUUGUUCAUUUUUUUGUUAAAACCUGUAUUGCGGGUCCUUCCAUGAAGAAAACACCUAAUUUACCAAUUAAAUAGAUUUCAUAAUUAUAAGAGACAAUUUAAGUGAACUAUAUACAAAACUAAUAAGGAAGUUGUUGAUUUCAGGAAAUUUCAGGAAAGAUUAGAAGGAGAGGGGCAAACAAGUUUUGCAGGUAAAACUUUAUGCCCACAACAAGGUAUGUACAUGUACAUGUGCCGAUGGGAAGAUAUCCAUAACAUACAGUAGCACUUGCAACACUUACACGCUCAUUAAUUUCUUUUUGUAUAUCCAUUUCCCCUCAAAUUUCAUGGAUCCGUUACGUUUAUUUUCUCUAAUAAACUUAUUAUUUUCUCUAAUAAACUUUAAGUGGUUUCAAGGAAGUCCUUUCAAUAGCCUAAAACCUUAGCUGUUAUAUAUUAUACAAUUACUCUGUAGAAAUUAAAUUCCUAGUACCAAGACAGCUCUUCAAAAUUUGGAAAGAUGAUUUGUUACUUUAUCAGUGUUGAACUUUUGUUGUUAGGUCAAUUUUUCAUGAAUUUAACAUCAAACAUAAAAUGAAGACGUUAUUGAAAAGUCAUGCGCUAGGAGUUGAGUUAUCAAUAUUGUGAUCCGGAUUUUGUGAACUCAGAUUUGGAGCUAGGAAAUGUAAUCCAAAUUGUGCUUCCAACACCAACACUAGAUUUGAAAUGCCCGAUGUGUUUCCUUCAUUUUGUUGUGUUGGUUUCAUUGUUUUUGAGUGAAUACCAUCUUCUUCACGUUUUAAACAUUACUUUCAAAGUAAUUGCAAAUCAUACACUGUAUAGAUACAUGGUGAAGUUGUCAAAAUGCAAUAGUAUUGUGAUCUGGUCACCCUUGCAAGUAACGUAACCAGAAUCUAAAAAUAUAUGGGAAUACUGCAAUGCAGUUCGUAAAUUUGGCAUGUUAUGUGGUAAAUUUAUAUCUGAACAAAUCAUUUGUCAAUUCAAUUCUAUGUGAAUUUGUGAAAGGAAUGUAUUUUUGUCCUUCAAUAAAUGAUUAUGUGGUCACUCUAAGUGCGAUGACUGAUCUCUAUUAAAACAAUUGUUUCAGUGACAAGGACAUGUAUUAUUCUGUUGUAUAAUAUGGAAUAAAAGUUUGUUGACCAGCUCUUGUGGAGACCUCUACCACACCUAAAAACCACCUACACACCAAUUAAAACAAUGGGGGUAAUAGGCUCAGUCACACCUUAUGUAAUUAAAUUCAUUUUCAUCACUCCAAGAAGAAUCAGCAGCCAGAGUAUCUACAACUAAAGGUAUUGCAUCACAGGGGCUGCAGAAAAAAUUGAAAUGGAGGGGGGGGGGGGCUCUUUUUAAUUUUCUGUAUAUUAAUGGUUACUAAAAAGUAUGUGGGGGGAUAUUGCACUAUCAGAAGUACUACAAUGAUGAUGGUGAUGACAAUGAUAAUGUGUUCUGACAAGAAUAUAGUUGUCUUGUGCCAUUAUCAGAAGAUAACUGUGCUGUCAAGUUGAUUUGGUUAAUUUCACAAUUUAUUUUUGUCGUGUCACAUCCAAUCAGCUCCUUCAUAAGUGAUAUAAAAUCUUUAAAUUCGCCACUUCCCCCAAAAAUAAACAAAUUUGCAAUUUUUAAGUUAGAAAAAAAUCAUGUCACAAAUGAAAAAAUACACACAAAUUCAUAACUUUAUCCUUAUGAUUAAGGUGUUUUAAUGAAAGAAAAAAUACAAUGGUGAUGGAGUGAAAACUCGUCAAAGAAUAAGAGAGUUAUGAACUUUUCAUGAUAUGAAUUUGUGACAUGUGUCCAGCUACCCCAUGUAAUAUAAAUUCCCAUUUUUUAGUGGUUCAUGAAGACUGACAAUAUUCUUCUUACUGAAACGGACUGUACAAGUGGAAUACUGAAGACUUUUAAUCAGUGAAGAAAAGAUAUCCCUGGCUUAAGUUAACAUAUUUUGUAAACUUUAAAUUUAUAUACUUUGAAUUGAAAAUCAAGAUCCUUGAAGUUCAAGGGGAAGGGAUCAACCAAGGUCAUAUUGAAGGUCAAGCCACUUUAUAUUACUUAGGCACCCAUUUUGAAUUUGAUGCAAUAUCUGGAUUCAUGAUAUUUGCUUUAUCGGUUGCAAUCCAUUUUCGUCUGUCAAUACAACAAAAAAGUGUGGUUCAUAGCAGCAUGGGAACCAGCAGGUCAUUCGCAGUUAUUAAAAAAAAAUUAUGUGCUAUGCACAUCAGGAAUUUGAAGUGUACCAGACACAAAUUGGCAAAUAAUUGGACGAAGAAAUAUUUCAGAGCUGCCAACCAGUAGGAUUUUUGCAUGAGAAUAGGACAGUAGGAUUCAUCUCAAUAAAACAUGAUUUUUUUUCUGAA